AUGGCGGAGGAGGUGGCGCAGGAGCAACCGAGACCCACGGCGCCACGCCUGGUGCGCUGUAUAGUCAAGCUAGGUGGAGCAGCGAUUACGAACAAGGGCGAGCUGGAGAGCAUCAACGAGGAGAACCUACGGUCGGCAUGUGCGCAGCUGCGGCAUGCCAUGUCCGAAUCUGACGGCGAUGGCGCCAUGGAGAAGUUUCUGGGGAUGGACUGGAGCAGGAAGCCCGGAGAUCCGGUCGACCCGGCCGUGGACGCGGAGUGGAUCGCGGGAAUGGCUGGGCUGGGGCUCGACACUAACUUCAUCGUCGUGCACGGCGCCGGGUCUUUUGGCCACUUCCAAGCAAGUAGAUCUGGAGUUCAUAAAGGAGGGUUACAUUCGACACUGGUGAAGGCUGGCUUUGUCGCUACAAGAAUUUCAGUGACGUCUCUCAACCAGGAAAUUGUUAGAGCCCUUGCAAGAGAAGGAAUACCAUCUGUUGGGAUGUCACCAUUUGCUUGUGGGUGGUCUACCCAGCAAAGAAAACUUGCAUCAGCAAAUGCUUCUCAAAUAAUUCAGUCACUCCAUGCAGGCUUUGUCCCAGUUUUGCAUGGUGAUGCAGUUCUUGAUGAAUUACUGGACUGUACCAUAUUGAGUGGGGAUGUCAUUAUACGACAUCUUGCACAGCUUCUAACUCCGAAAUAUGUUGUAUUUCUGACAGAUGUCCAUGGAGUAUAUGAUCGCCCUCCAACUGACCCAAAUGCGGUACUCCUGAGAGAAAUAGAGGUGGAUGACAACGGAGGCUGGUCGAUUGUAAAACCUGCAUUGCUGCAAGGCAACACUAAAGGAGUGGAGAUAUCAGUAGCAGCACAUGACACCACCGGUGGGAUGGAGACCAAAAUACUGGAGGCUGCAGUGAUAGCUAGGCUUGGAAUCGAUGUGUAUAUUACCAAGGCUGGAACAGAACACUCGCUGAGGGCCUUAAAGGGAGAUGUCAUCUCUAUAUGCGGUUCAGUUGCCUCUCCCCAUGGGGCAAACUGCAGAAGGGCUUGUGUUGCAAGGAACUAUGUGAGGCUGCCUUGUGAGGUUAAUGCAGUAAGCCAGGGAUUGUACUCUUUGCAUUGGUGUGUGCAUAAACCACAAAUGAAGACCAGUGGGAGACGAAUGAAUGCGGUGGUAAGUACUAAUGCUAGAUGGUUGUUUGGAGGAGAUGGACGUAGCAAUGAUGCAAGGCUGGAGCGCAGCGAGUCUGCUAAUGAAGAUAUUUUGAUCUUCUACUUCCAGAUGGAUCUACAGACCCGGAUACAAUAUGCAUUGAAUAUAGAACAAUUUGAUGUGGCAAAGCAAUUGAGGGAAAAACUAACCGAGAUUGAAACAGAAAUUAUUAGGCAGCGUGAAGCUAAAAGGGGUUCACCAAAGACUGAAGCUCAAGACAAAGCUCUAAAUCUUUUACGUGUGCGUGCAGAUUUGCAGAAAGCUAUUGACAGUGAAAACUAUGCUUUGGCAGCUGGUCUCCGUGAUGACAUUGCCAAACUUGAGGCCGAGUCUCUUGUCGUAUCUGCUAAAGCUCUUGCUUAUCAAAAUGUGAAAUAUGCUUUUCGAUUAGGGCAGAAAGUACGUCACAAUAUACAUGGAUAUAGAGGCGUGAUAUGUGGCAUGGAUCCGGUGUGCUGUGAAUCCAAGUCCUGGAUGGAGACAGCAAAUGUGGAGAAGCUGUCUAAAGGUCCAAAUCAACCUUUUUAUCAGGUCCUGGUUGAUGUAUAUGUUGAUCCAGAACUGCUGGUUGCAUAUGUCGCGGAAGAAAAUCUUUCUGCAGCUGAAGAAUCAGAAAAAGGAAGGUUUGAUCACCCCUACAUUGAAUUUCUCUUUUACGGUGAGGACACAGCUGGGGAUUUCAUCCCUAUCAAGCAGCUCCGUGAGAAGUAUGACCAGCCACGUUAUGAAGCUUCUGGAGAUGAAAAUGAAAGUGACAACGAUGGCAACACAAAUAGCUGA